AUGGAAGAGAAUCCAGAGCUGUUUGUUGGUUGCAUGUUUAUUUAAGUGCGAGAUCGGGAAGAAAAUGAUCUGUAAUCUUUCUUUUUGAAGUUGAAAUGCACAAGAGCACUACUUCUGCGUCUAAUACUAUUGCUGCUGGGACCACUAUGUCAUCGUCGUCGCAACUGAAAUCGCAGCUUCAAACAAACAACGUUUAUGCUUCCCUCUAUAAUUCCUCAAUCUUUGCUCCAAAGCAAUCCGUGCCUGUCUCUCUUCCAUCGACUCUCUAUGGUGACUCUACUCACACGGAUUCAAUCUCCGCUUCAAAAUCGAUAAACAACCACCUCUAUCAAACCUGCGUCGUUCAAGAUCACCAAGAAAUGGUUAAUCGUCAUAGCCUCUGUCUCACUCAUCUUCGGGAAGCAACCGAAGAAGCCGAUGCUCUUCGACAAGAGAAUAUUCACCUUAGAAGUAUUAACCACGAGCUUAGCAAACACCUGAGUCUCCUGAUCCACGCUUCGGUUCAGAAACAGUACGGCUCCUCCGAUCAAACUCCUCCGUUUAAUUUUGUGGAGGGAUUCCGCGGACUCAGUGUCGCAGAGAAAGGGGCAAGCAGUUCGACAUGGGAAGAUAUUUCCGAUGAGAGUCCGACGAGCGUAAUGGAGGGUGGAAGGGUAGAGGGCGUUGAGGUGGAGAGGUUUUCGCUCCCGAAGAGCAUCUCCGUGAGAUCCAAUGGAUACUUGAAGAUGGCUCAAGGCGGCAGCAGCCAGGGCGGAAAGGUCCGCGUCUCAUCUCGGCCCAGAACUGCAAGUCCUGUCAAGGUUACGCAGAAGGUGUACGUUCAAGGAGUGAAAGAAGAGGAAAAGCCACUAGAGCUGGAGGUGUACAACCAGGGCAUGUUCAAAACCGAGCUCUGUAACAAAUGGCAGGAAACAGGUAGCUGCCCUUAUGGAGACCACUGCCAAUUCGCCCAUGGAAUAGAGGAGCUCCGUCCCGUCAUCCGCCACCCCCGGUACAAGACGGAGGUCUGCCGUAUGGUCCUUGCCGGAGUCGUCUGCCCUUACGGUCACCGCUGCCACUUCCGCCAUGCUCUCACUGACCAGGAAAGGCUCAUGGGGCCGCUCAAGCCCACCUGCAGGACCGCCCCCAAGCUCGACAGGUGAAUAUUGUUUUCUUACCAAACUGAUCCAUAAUUGAACAUAUAAGAAUAAUGAUUUGUUUGUUUGUAAGCCUCAAAUGAGAGAGGUAAAUAAUAUCCCAUAUAAGUAAAAAAAGACAAAGUAAGAACAAAUAUAUAAAUCCAUUAGAGACAAGUUAGUUUGGUCUGGUAGAUAUUGAGGCCUCGAUGAUGGGGAGAGUGUAGGAAGAGAAAGAGUCAUGCCCUUGUGCUACAUUUUGCUGUUAUUUUUUGUUCUUCCAAACUCCCAAGUUUGAAAGUCUGUAGCUGCUGAUUGCUAUGCCUUUAAGCAGAGCACAUACUGUAUGUAAAGGCCAUACAUACCCUUUCCGAGGAUACUCUGUUGAUUUCAUUGGUUGCUAUGUGCAUUUUAGGAAUGAUAAUUGAAUCACUUUUUGGGAA